UCCACUUCCGUUCUGCUAAGAUGUCGGCCGCCAUAGCAGCGCUCGCUUCGUACGGCGUCUCGGACUCCGAUUCCGACUCGGAGGCGGAGGGCAGGCCCAGCCACUCGGCGGCUCCCGUCGCCGGCGAGGAUGCAGUGCUGCACCUCGCCUCGUCUGCCCCGGCCCAGCAAGCGCUGCUGCCCGUCGUGGACUCGGCCCCGGCGGUGGCUGUCAAGGAAGAUGUGGAAACAGGGGUUCACCUUGAUCCAACUACAAAGGAAGUUCAGUUCAACCCAACCUAUGACACCAUGUUUGCACCCGAGUUUGGGCCGGUGAAUCCAUUUAGGACUCAGCAGAUGGCUGCACCUAGGAAUAUGCUUUCUGGAUAUACAGAACCAGCACACAUUAAUGAUUUCAUGUUUGAACAACAGAGAAGAACAUUUGCAACCUAUGGAUAUGCUUUGGAUCCCUCAAUAGAUAAUUAUGAAGUUCCUACUAAAUAUAUUGGUUCUGUUGAAGAAGCUGAAAAGAAUCAAGGUCUGACUGUGUUUGAAACAGGACAAAAGAAAACUGAGAAACGGAAGAAAUUCAAAGAGAAUGAUGCAUCUAACAUUGAUGGCUUCUUGGGACCGUGGGCAAAAUACAUUGAUGAAAAGGAUGUUGCAAAACCUUCAGAAGAAGAACAGAGGGAACUGGAUGAAAUAACAGCAAAGAGACAAAAGAAAGGCAAACAUGAAGAUGAUAAGCCUGGAGAAGAGAAGACUAUUUUGCAUGUCAAAGAUAUGUAUGACUAUCAAGGGAGAUCCUAUCUUCAUGUUCCUCAGGAUGUUGGGGUUAACCUACGUUCAACAGUACCCCCUGAGAAAUGCUACCUUCCUAAGAAACAGAUCCAUGUCUGGUCUGGUCAUACAAAGGGAGUCAGCGCUGUCAGACUGUUUCCUCUUUCUGGCCACUUGCUGUUGUCUUCUUCCAUGGACUGUAAAAUUAAGCUCUGGGAAGUAUAUGGUGAACGAAGAUGCUUACGAACUUUCAUUGGGCACAGUAAAGCUGUUAGAGAUAUAUGCUUUAACAAUGCUGGGACUCAGUUUCUCAGUGCUGCAUAUGAUCGGUAUCUUAAACUCUGGGACACGGAGACAGGACAGUGUAUUUCAAGAUUCACAAACAGGAAAGUUCCCUACUGUGUCAAAUUCAAUCCAGAUGAAGAUAAGCAAAAUCUUUUUGUAGCAGGAAUGUCAGAUAAGAAAAUUGUACAGUGGGAUAUUCGAAGUGGAGAAAUUGUUCAGGAGUAUGAUAGGCAUUUAGGUGCUGUUAACACCAUUGUUUUCGUGGAUGAAAAUAGAAGAUUUGUGAGUACAUCUGAUGACAAGAGUUUAAGAGUCUGGGAAUGGGACAUACCAGUAGAUUUCAAAUACAUAGCAGAACCAAGUAUGCACUCAAUGCCAGCAGUGACUUUGUCUCCAAAUGGGAAGUGGCUGGCUUGUCAAUCGAUGGACAACCAGAUUUUGAUUUUUGGAGCUCAAAACAGAUUCAGGCUAAAUAAAAAGAAAAUAUUCAAGGGCCAUAUGGUGGCUGGGUAUGCUUGCCAAGUAGAUUUUUCACCUGACAUGAGCUAUGUGAUAUCAGGUGAUGCAGAUGGAAAACUGAACAUCUGGGACUGGAAGACAACAAAACUAUACAGCCGAUUAAAAGCCCAUGACAAAGUCUGUAUAGGUGCAGUUUGGCACCCACAUGAGACAUCCAAGGUAAUCACGUGUGGAUGGGAUGGUCUUAUUAAGCUGUGGGACUGAAGGCCAUACAGGAGAACUCUAAACUUCUCAUCACUUGGUGAACACCAGUUCUGCAACAAAGAUGACCUGACAUUAGAAUAUAAAGAUGGGUUGCCUCAGGUAUUUCAGUAUUACAGUGCACAUAUACCAUAUGGGGAAUUCAGAAGACUUCAUCUGAAAUGUUUCCAAUCUCAAAACUAUUAUAAGCUGAAAGUGACCAAAUGAAGUGGUCUAAAUGGAAUAUCCUAUUUUAAAAUUAAAUUAAACUGAGGAGAUUUGAGUCUAGCUUUGUGUUCAUGAAGCUGAAGUAUACUUCAUAAGCUUCACUCUAUCCUCAAAAGUGCACAAUUUGGGAGAAAAAUGUUUUCAUUUCAGCAUUGCAAGAUGAUGCAUCUGUUUAUAAAUACUGUUUGGCAGUACUCUCAAAUUUCCAAAUACAUUGGAUAUUUCUGAGUGUGCGUGUGUGUACAGUAUAAUAGAAGUUGUUGGAAUUGUUUUUGUAUUUUAACAGCAGGUGUGGGUCAUGUUGAAAUACACAAAGAUUUUAUAUGUGCAACACGGUUGUUGUUUCUUUGUGAGGGCAGUCCCCUCAAACCCAACAGCCCUGCUUGAAAAUAUGAAGGAAAGCCUAGUGCAGAGACCCAGAUAGGCAGAGGAUGUCUAUCUGUUGCUAUGUUUAUUCUAGCUCCAAGAUGGGUUCCAUCAAGUCCUGAAUGUUUCUCUUCACCAUUAUCCAUUUUGUGCAGCAGGUGGAUAUAGCUAAUAGGUUAGAUCAGCGAAAUGCUUACGAAAGGUGAUGAGCAUGAGGUCCAUUUAAUAGCUCCUCCCACUACCAAAAGGCCUUUCCUGGGUGUUGGGGCAUGCUGCUGAGUGUGGUGGGCUGUAGCACAUGGGGGCUAAAGCAGAAGUCACCAAAAUUUGCCGGAGCCCAAUAUUCAGCAAUCCACACCCUUCCUGUCAGCCCCCCACACCACAACCCAUUCCAUUCACUGAGGGACAGGCUGUUUGUGGUGAGAUGGGAUAGAAAUACACUUUAUGCUCCCUCACCUCCAGGUAUUUUUCUCAGUCCCAUUAUAUUUGCAGAUGCAUGGAUUUGGAUACAUGCUAAGAAACUCUACAUUUUUAUCAUGACUCCUUUUUAUAAUUAUUAUUGACAAGUCAGGUUUCUAUUCUUACUCAAAUAUUUUCUUUUUAUAAUAAAACAAAUCCAAAGAAUAUUAUGUAUAUAUGUAUAUAAGACAGUUAACGAGUAAUUCAUCAAAUGCUGCUUUAGCAUAAGCCCCAUUCAGUCAGUGGAGCUUGUGCAAUUAGUGAAUUACUGCCUUUAUGGAAAUGCUUCCAAGAAGGUAUAAUUGAAAGCACAUUGCAGCUUCAUUGCCAUUUGACCACCUAAGUCUUGUAAAUGGGCACUUUAAUAUCUAUUUUUAUUUCAUGGAAUUGUGUGUUUUGUGCUAAACUACUGUACAUAUGUCUCAAUCCUCCUUUUUACAGAUCUUAUUUUUAAUAAAUGUUUUAUAUUAAAAGAUGGAUACCAGCUUAGUGUAACAUCUCUAGCAUUGUCUGCAGGUGGCUGCUGCUGCUUCAUUUUUACUCUUUGUUUGGUAUUGAAGUUGUAACUGCCUAGUUCUCUGCAGUGCCAGAGUGUAAAUGUAUCUUUCAUUGAGUUUAUUAUAUUAAAAUAUUGUGGGAGAA